CUACUAGAAUAGGCGUGAAAACCAUGAUGGAGUAUAGGUUUUGAUAGUAUGUUAUAUUCUAAUCAAAUCACAAACUGCAAAAUAACAAAGUAAAUCACAACAGAGAAUUGUGAUGAAGAACCAUGCAUUUGGCGCCCUCUUUCUCUCUACCCUUGUUCUUCUUGUCUCUACUGCAAAGGGUAAGUGUCCACCCUCCUUUGUUUGUGGGAACCUCGGCACCAUGCACUUCCCUUACACUGACACAAAACACCCUCACUGUGGCCUGUUGGUGAUCUAUGGCUGCGAUGACCGCGACAAUGAUACCAUUAAAACCAUUAAGAACAACGGAGCAUGGUUUUACAUCACACGCGAUCAGAACAACGGUACCAUUUUGUUCAGAGAUGACAAACUCCGCACACUCUUGCUAACCAGACGAUGUGGAGUCUUCAGCAACAACUACACCAGUUUGGACACCACUUCUCCUUUCCUUUCACUUCACUUCAUGAAUCUCAAUCUAUUCAUAUGCAACAGCACUCUCAAUGUCACCCCUCCUUCUUCAGUCUUUUCCAAAUCUACCAUAUGCAAGGAUGAGGACAUCUUCUAUCGCCCGACUAAUAUGGAUGAUUAUUAUGAUUAUCAUUAUCCUUAUUUUGAAGCAUGUUCGAGGGUUAUACUUCCAAUCAGAGAUUCAGAGAUUGUACCUGACAAUGGAAACCUCUUUGACUAUCUAUCAGCUGAUAUUCCUGUCCAAGCAGAGGUGUUUCAUGAUUGUUCUUCUUGUUACUAUCUUAGAGGAGGCCGGUGUCAACUUGACAACCAAGGGAAGUUCUUCUGUGCUGAAGAGAAAACUAGUAAGAAGGAGAAGAUAGUGGUAGCAGCUACUUCAGUUGCUGGAGGACUGGGAAUUUUGAUGGUCUUGGCUUGCAUCUUACGAAGAUACUAUUUUCACAAGAAGAAUCCUACUUACCUAAUGAUUGAGAACUUUCUGAAGCAACAUGGACACCUUUCAGCCAAAAGGUACAGUUAUUUGGAGGUAAAGAAAAUGACUAACUCCUUCAAAAACAAAUUAGGCCAAGGAGGGUAUGGCAGUGUAUAUAAAGGGAGGUUACAAAAUGGAAGCCUUGUGGCAGUGAAGAUUUUAAGCAAGUUAAAAGGUGAUGGAGAUGAAUUCAUCAAUGAAGUGGCUAGUAUUAGCAUGACUUCUCAUGUUAACAUUGUCAGUUUACUGGGAUUUUGCCUGGAGGGCUCCAAAAGAGUUCUCAUAUACGAGUAUAUGCCAAAUGGAUCUCUUGAAAAGUUCAUAUAUGAAGAGAAAGAUCCUUUAAAGCAUAAACUCACAUUGAAUUGCAGAACUAUGUACAAUAUCGUCAUUGGUGUUGCUCGAGGAUUGGAGUACUUGCACAAGGGUUGUAACACCAAAAUCUUGCAUUUUGACAUAAAACCUCACAACAUACUGCUUGAUGAGUUGUUUUGCCCAAAAAUAUCAGAUUUUGGGCUUGCUAAAAUAUGUCCUAGAGAAAAAAGUAUUGUAUCAAUGAUGGUUGCAAGGGGAACUGUAGGGUAUAUUGCUCCUGAAUUGUUCUGCAGAAAUUUUGGUGGAGUGUCCCAUAAAUCAGAUGUCUACAGUUAUGGAAUGAUGGUCUUGGAAAUGCUUGGUGCUAGAGAGAAUAAUAAUAGCAGAGUUGAUUUUUCAAGUGAAAAUUACUUUCCACAUUGGAUAUACAGCCAUCUUGAAUUAAAUCAAGAGCUUCAAUUGCGCUGUAUUAAAAAACAAAAUGAUAAAGAAAUGGUGAGAAAAAUGACUAUAGUGAGUUUAUGGUGCAUACAAACUGACCCUUCAAAACGACCUGCAAUGAGUAAAGUGGUGGAAAUGAUGGAAGGAAGCAUUAGCUUGUUGCAAGUUCCACCCAAACCUUUCCUUUUUUCGUCCUCAGCCCCUGAAUCACAAUCAAGCGAGACUUAUAGUUAUUGACAUUGUUGUAUGUUGGUUCAUUAACAAUCAUUAGUUAGUUCUUUUACUCUUUACCAACUUAUUAUUUUUCUAUUUUCUGUUAUUCUGAUAUAGCAUGUAACAGUUAAUUAGUUUUAAGUUAGUUGGGUUAGUUAGGCUCGAAAUAGUGCUUCUAUUUCUUCUUCUUGCAUAGCCUAGAUCAUAAGAGAAUUUUUUACUUAGAAAAAUUCUGCAAAGAUCGAAUAAAGUGGUUGCUGUGAGCACAGUGCAGUUUUUCGUUCA